UUUCACUUUUGCUUUGGCGUUCUAUAUCAUUUCAUGCAUUUGGGGCACGUGUUACAAGACAACGUAAAAACUAUCGAAAUUGACAUCGACAGUAGAAAAAUCGAAGCAGAAUGAGUGAUGCCAAAGUGAUUACCGUGGAUUCUGAGGCCAAAUCUUGGCUAGGGUUUGGCAUUGGUCUUGCCAUCGGUACUGUUGCUACAGCAGCAGUUGGAUAUUUGUGGAAAUUCUCCAAAUACAGACAAACCGUAGAUGAGUAUUCAGAUUUACAUCUUGAUAGUUUGAAUGAUAGCCAACAAUUCCCUGCCAUCACUUCAUCCUCAUCACGACCAGCAACUCCAGCACAUAUCCAAAGACCAGGCGACAGAGGACACAAUACUACCCAGCAUGCCUUGCCAGGCACUCCACAGCAUGAUGCCAUCAGAGAGCAUGAUGGGAGGUCGGGUGUCAGUAGGGAACCUGGUAUAGCGUACAGUGAUAACCAAAGCUUGUUGAAUCUACUCUACAAUAUGGCUGAAGAUCAGUCAAAGAAAGAGAGUUAUGUCCACCGAGGUAUAUCAUGUAACAUGUGCAAUGCAAGUCCUAUAUGUGGAAACAGAUACAAGUGUGCAAGCUGCAUCGAUUACGAUAUAUGUGAGAGAUGUGAGGCACAUGAUAGACACAACAGAACACACAACUUCAUCAAGAUUAAGCUACCAAUCCCACCGCUUGCUAAUCCAAGAAAUGUCCUCAUCAAACCAUUCUAUCCAGGUAAAGAACUUCAAAGAAGAAGACCAACAUUGGAUGAAAUGCAGCAUCUUAGGUCCACCACAUACUUUGACCAGCAUGAAAUUGAAGCAUUAUUUGACCAGUAUCGGACGCUAUGCACCAAAGAUAGAGGCAUCACAAGGGAUGUAUAUGACCUGUGCUUAGGACCAUUGGGACUGGAGAAAAAUCUAGUCAUGGACAGACUAUUCAAGUUCUAUGAUUCCAAUGGUGAUGGUUACAUUGACUUUGAGGAGUUUGUCCGAGGUCUGUCAAUUCUCAUCAAAGGAACGCAGGAAGAGAAAGUCAGAUAUGCUUUUGAAGGUUAUGAUCUAGAUGGAAUUGGUUGUGUCAGUCGAGACAAUCUGAGGAAAAUGUUCAAAGCAUACUUCUACGUCACCAUAGAACUAGUCAGAGAUGUUGUCAAGGCAUGUGAAGAAGAAAUGAUGGCCAAUUUUGAUGACACUCAAGGCAGACCUGUAUCCUCGCUCUUCAGUGCACCCAUUCCUACCGAUACUGGAUCCGAUCCAAGUCAAAUCACUAAGACACCGUUUCCUGGCAACCCUGGAAGCAGGGAAGAUAUGUGGCCAGUUAUGGAAGCAAUGUCACAAGAUGCUAUUGAAGAGAUGGUGGAGAACAUCUUCAAGAUGGCAAAUGUUGAUUUAGACCAAAGAAUCACACUACAGCAGUUUGGUGAAUUGACGGCCGUAGACAACAGCCUACUCGCUUGGUUUGAUGCUCUAGGGACGGUCUUCUAGUCACCUUACCCUGCAUGUAUAUUGAAGGAUUAAUACCAGUUGCUAAGGACAUGCAUGCCGUUACCAUGGAAAGUCUUCAAAAAUGACAUAUUGAACUAAUAUGACAAAAUUGACAAUAUGUAAUCUUUUAUUAAUAUUUGAAUAAAUAUUAUGUGUAUGUACGAGUAUUUUGAAAUUGCAUGCAUUGAUAUCAUUUUUUUCUCAUAAAAAUAAACGUAAGGUACCGGUACAUUUACCGGUACAUAGCAUGUAACUGUGAAUACAUCUACAUGUACCGGUUCAUUGAAUUUUUCGUGUUUUUAUUUUAAGACUUCACCAAUUCGAAUAAGGCCAAUAAAAUGAAGAACAUUUAAUGCGAGUCCACCAUGCAAACGUCUGAAAUAUUUUUGAACGUCUGAUACUUUAAGAAGAACAGUUAUUUGUUAGCUGAAAAUAGCCACGUACCUGCAUAGUGUACAUAUAUGUUCAAGCAUGUUGUGCUUUAUAGUCUAGGUGAUAUUUCCAAAAAGGGCCCAUUUAGAGCAAGAAGAGGCAUGUUUAAGUAGAAUCACCAAAAUAAACUUUAAAAAAAAUAAAAUAAUAACAAAUAUACCCAAAUAUGGGAACAAAUAUAUUACAAGACAGGUAUUAAAGAUUUAUGCAAAUUAGGUAUACAUGUAUUUCCAUUAAAAAUCCAGCUUGGUUACCAUCAUUUUCGGAUUCAGCAUCCCGAAAUGAGGUAAAAUAUAUAAGUUACAUGUAUGUUGUCAACUUCUACUCAAAAAUGCCUCUUCAUGUAACAAUUUUUGAAAUAUCGCCUAGUCUUUUACAGACGAUCCCUCACCAGGCCCCCUUCAAUGGAGAAACCAUUGUGCACGCUAUUGUACAAAGCAACUGCCCAUGAUGGAUUAUCUGAACAAUAGUUAGCGCAAUGCUUGUAGCAUUGAACAGGGCCUUUGUGCUAGGAUUGUUAGCGUGCCUGGAUAUGCAAAACACCAAGCAAGGUCUCUUUGUCUCCCCCUUGUUAUAAUGAUAGGGUUCAAGGUACUCAGCGAUAACAAUUUAAUCAUUAAAACUAAUGCAAGUGGGGUCGAAAAACUAACAGUUUAUAUUAUAAUGCUUUUGUUGUAAUUAAUUUUUAUGCAAACAUUUGAAUGUUCUUUUACUGAACAGUAGCACAUUGUACUACUGACUGUGCAAUAUAAACCCCCCCUUUUUAAAGAAACUUGAUGCAAAUAAACGUUCAAAUGUAGCCAUUUUAUAUUGUUGUUAUGGACUGCCAAUGAUGACGCCCUUCGGCACACAUUGCAGUCUUCAGUUACAUAAUUGUGAGUGUGAGACAGCUGCUUAGCCAGGGUUCUCAUCCUAGGGGGGCGGGGGGGGGGGGGGGUGCCCAAAAAAAAUCAUCUGUGCUGAAAGGUCGAAGGUUUUUCACCGGACACCAGACCUCCGUAAAAUACGCCCUCCCGUAGCUACGCUGCUGGUGUGGGAGGGGAUAGGUGGAUUUUUGAGGGGGACAGGUGGAUGUUAGAGGGUAUGUUGGGGUGUGGAAAAGCAGACGGUUGGCCUGCAGCAUCAUAUCCCCCCCUGGAAACUAUCCUUCAAAUGGCCAGUUAAGAAUAAGAGCGUGUUCAAGUUACUUAGUGUGUGUGUCAGUAUCAUUUAAUAACAUACACAGUAAUUCAAUUUUAACUUCUUUUCUAAUAAAUACAAAUGAUUUAAGAUAU